AUGCUCCUUUGUUUGGAGAAACGGUUCGGUAGCGACGCGCAACUCAAGGAGGCUUACUCGAGCUUCCUUCGUGAAUAUCGUGAACUCGGGCACAUGCGUCGCGCUAUGAAUACACCUGAAGACAAUUCCCGCGUGUUUUAUCUUCCCCAUCACGGUGUAGUUCGCGACAGCAGUUCAACAACAAAGUUGCGUGUCGUGUUCAACGGGUCUCAAAGAACCAACCUCGGACUCUCUCUCAAUGACAAUCUUCUCGUCGGUCCAAAAGUGCAAACCGACCUCGCGGACGUUCUCUUACGCUGGCGACAAUAUCCAGUCGCGUUCUCAUCAGACAUCGUCAAGAUGUACCGACAAAUUUUGGUCCACAAUGAUGACCAAGAUUUUCAACGAAUCCUCUGGAGGGAAGAACCAGAGCUACCGAUUGAAGAAUAUCAACUGACUACGGUAACGUAUGGUCUUGCAAGCGCUCCGUAUCUCGCGAUCCGUGUUCUUCAUCAACUCGUUCAGGACGAAGGUAAGCAGUAUCCCUUUGCGAGCCACGUCAUUCUCGAGAACACGUACGUCGACGACAUCCUCUCAGGAGCAGAGGACGUUGAUCAAGGUCGCGAGAAAAUCAACGAACUCAAUCAAUUGCUCAAGGCGGGCGGCUUUGAACUUCAAAAGUGGACUUCAAGCCACCCAGAAACUCUCGUUGACAUUUCUCGAAACCAUCAAGAGAUCGCGAUGCAUCUGAAUCUCGAUCAAAGUCCAUUCUUUCGGGCUCUCGGUCUUGCGUGGAGACCAGACAUCGACGCGUUCGCGUUCUCUCCGCAAAUUCAUCAAACUCGGGACAAUUUCACAAAACGAAAAGUUCUCUCACAAACCGCGCAGCUCUUUGAUCCUCUCGGAUGGCUCUCGCCGAUCACGAUCAGAGCCAAAAUCUUUAUGCAGGAAUUGUGGGCACUCGGUUUCGACUGGGACGAGCCGCUCUCAGCUUCAUUGUCCUCGCGAUGGAUCGAGUUUCUACAAGAUCUUCAAGGCAUCUCAGCUAUCACCAUCCCACGAUGGAUCGGGUUAAGUUCAGCAUCUCUCGGGAUAGAGAUCCACGGUUUCGCGGACGCCUCUCAAAGUGCAUUAGGCGCAGUGAUCCACGCGCGAACGUAUAUCAACACUCACGAAGUGCGCGUUUCACUAGUGUGCGCGAAAACUAAAGUAGCGCCGCUAAAGAAGGUGACAAUUCCUCGUCUCGAACUCUGUGCUGCGAAUCUUCUCGUCCGGUUGAUGUGUCAUGUGGAAAAGACUCUUAAUUUCGAAAACACCCCGGUUUAUCUGUGGACGGAUUCCACAGUCGCGCUCGCGUGGAUCAAAAGCCACCCAUCGCGGUGGAAAGAAUUCGUUCGUAAUCGCGUAACGGAAAUCCAAGAGUUCGCGCGCGCUCGUUGGUAUCACAUCUCGGGUUUUGAAAACCCCGCUGAUCUUGCGUCUCGUGGUGCAUCUCCGGAGCAACUCCAAAAAUCAGAACUUUGGACCUUCGGACCAUCCUGGCUCUCGAAGCCUUCUGUCAAUUGGCCAUCCUUAUCUCCGCGACCGGAAGAAAACAUUCAUCUCGAGGAAAGAAAAGGGCUGUCGACGCACAUCGCAACAGCUAAGCCGCUACAAAUCUGGGAUCUCGUCGAUCGCUACUCAAAACUAUCGACUCUCCUCAAAGUCACAUCAUUGUGUAAACGCGCAGCAAAUCGGUUCCUCGCGAAGACGACAUCGAAUCGCGUAAACACGUCUAUCACUGUCGGACCGAUCUCUACUCUCGAAUGGAGCGACGCCCAACUGUUUUGGACCAAGGUGACCCAGCAGGCGUACUUUGCAGAAAAAAUUCGCCAAAUCGAGACAAGCUCAAGUCUCACUCGAAGUCAUCCACUAUCGCGACUCACGCCGUUCAUCGAUUCGAACGGAUUCCUCAGAGUCGGUGGUCGACUGAAUCACUCAUUGCUUUCGUAUGACGAAAAGCACCCGUUCAUCUUGCCUCGCGAAUCAUCGUUCUCCACAUUGAUCAUCGAUCAUCAUCAUCGGUUGACGCUCCACGGAGGUCCGCAACUCACUCUCGCUACAAUCCGACAGCGGUACUGGAUCCUGGGAGGAAGAGUACCGAUCCGCAUGUCAAUACAUCGUUGCGUUCCUUGUGCGCGUCAUCGCGCCACCCUCAGCAGCCAACAGAUGGGUCAACUCCCUCAGUCUCGAGUCACGCAAUCAAGGCCGUUUCUUCACUCUGGCGUUGACUACGCUGGUCCAUUCUCGAUUCGAGCCUCCCGCGGAAGAGGAGCGAAAUCAUGCAAGGGAUAUAUCGUUAUCUUCAUCUGCUUCACGACCUCGGCUGUGCAUCUCGAGCUAGUUUCGGACUACACGACGGAGGCAUUCAUCGCGGCGUACAAACGCUUCACAUCUCGACGAGGAAUUUGUGCCUCAAUCGCAAGCGAUUGUGGAACGAAUCUCGUCGGCGCAGACUCAGAACUUCGCCGUCUUCUCGCUGCAUCGUCAAAGGAGUUCGCAGAAAUCGCAAACACCCUCGCAUCACACGGAACCCAGUGGCGGUUCAAUCCUCCCUCCGCGCCUCAUUUCGGUGGAAAAUGGGAAGCCGGAGUGAAAUCAGUCAAAUUUUACCUCAAACGAGUCAUCGGAGAAGCUACUCAAACGUUCGAGCAAUUCGCGACGUUCCUCACGCAAGUAGAAGCCACGCUUAAUUCUCGACCUCUUUGCGCUAUCUCGGACGAUCCACGGGAUCCAAGUGCCUUGACUCCAGGACACUUUCUCGUCGGCUCAGCAUUGAACACAAUUCCUGAGCCGUCACUCAUCGAGGUGCCAGUUCAACGGCUAUCGCAUUGGCAACACUCGCGUCAAAUGCUGGAGCAUUUUUGGAAACGGUGGAGUACGGAGUAUCUUCAGUCCUUCCAAAACCUCUCGAAAUGGCAGACUCAUCACGGCAACAUCAAAAUCGGAUCCAUCGUUCUCGUAAAAAACGAAAAUCUACCUCCAUCUGUGUGGCCCCUCGCGAAAGUGAUCGAAGUGCAUCCGGGAACCGACGGUCUCGUUCGCGUUGUGACCGUUAAAACGAAAUCCUCUGUGUUAAAACGUCCAAUCGUAAAAUUGUGUGUGCUUCCAGUGUCCUCUUAA